AUGAGGAAGGGCUUUGGGGUGAUGAUGCUCGGCGGCUACGGCUGCCUGGCGCUCCUCUGUUUACUCUUUGCCUCGGCGACGCUCGUACAGGAUCGGCUGUUUUCAACGGUGGGCUGUCAUCCUACGAGAUGCAAUGAAAUUGAAGAGUCUGGUGAUCCAAAGGCAUACCUUGAAGCUCUAUGUGACCUUGCCAAUAAUAACAGAAGUAAAAUCAUCGCAAUCGGCGAGAUGGGCCUUGACUAUGAUAGACUUCAAUUUUGUCCUAAGGAGACUCAAAAAAAAUAUUUUGAAAUGCAGUUAUCACUUUGUUCGACCUUGAAGCUACCUAUGUUUUUACACUGUCGGAAUGCUGCCAACGAUUUUGUCCACAUCCUCAGAGAACACAAGGACAGUCUCACGGCUGGCGUCGUUCAUUCUUUUGACGGUAACACCGAAGAUGCUUAUAGUAUGCUCCAACUUGGACUUCACAUUGGAAUUAAUGGAUGCUCUCUCAAAACUGAAGAAAAUCUUUUUGUUGUGACGACAAUACCAUCGGAUAGACUUCUUAUAGAAACAGACUGUCCAUGGUGCGAAGUGCGACCAACACAUGCCUCAGCCAAAGAUAUAGUAACACGAUUUUCAUCAGUGAAAAAAGAAAAAUGGCAGUCUGAUAAAAUGGUCAAAGGAAGAAAUGAACCUUGUAACAUUGUUCAAAUAUUGGAGAUUCUUGCAAGUGUGCGGGACGAAGAAGAGGAGUACCUGUGUAACCAAAUUUAUAAAAACACGAUGAAACUUUUUUUUCCUUACGAAUUAUAACUUGAAUUUAUGGGCAUGAAUCGUUUAAUAAAAUUUAGAUGUCUUA